CCUCCUCUAUCUCUCUUUCUUUCUCUCUCUCUCUCUACUGUGAAGAAGCUACAAAGCAUUAAGUUCAGCUAUGCCAAAUACUUCCAUGCCCAGGACACAGAGAUUCAGGGGAGUGAGACAGAGGCACUGGGGCUCUUGGGUCUCUGAAAUCAGGCACCCAUUACUCAAAACCAGAAUAUGGCUCGGCACCUUUGAAACGGCAGAGGACGCAGCAAAAGCCUAUGAUGAAGCAGCAAGGCUCAUGUGUGGCCCAAGGGCCAGAACCAACUUCCCUUUUGACCCCAACAACUCUCAAAAUUCCCCUCGGGUCCUCUCGCCGAACCUCACCGCUAAGCUUCAGCGCUGCUGCCUUGCCUCUCUGCAAGAACACAAGCCCUCAAACCCCUGCAGGGACAAACCCGGCACUUCGAAAAGGAUCGAAAACGGAGGAGAGAGCAGUGGCAGCAAUGGUGAUCAUGAAAAGGGGCAGAAUUGUCAAAAUUCAGACGACGAAUCCAUUGAACAAAUGAUUCAAGAGCUUCUCUAUUAUGGGUCCAUGGAGAUUGGGUCUCUGUCAUCUUCUUCGUCUUCAGAUUUUUAGUGGGAAAAGUAUACAAUAAGACUAUUUACCAUUGAAAUAAGGAGGUCACAGUCACAAUCACCUUCAUUGGUGGAUACGAGAUCGGACAGGAUGAAAGUGUGCCAUUGAUUGGGUUCAGAGCUUGAGAGAUAAAUUUUUAAACUUUUAAUAUACCUCAAACUGUCAAAUUUCAUGUGUGACGACCAAAAGUGAUUAUGACCCCUUGUAACAAAGGUGAAUUUUCUCAUAGUAUAUAAUCUCUUUUUACUGUAACCAUUGAACUGGGGUUUGUAAGUUUAGGGUUUAAAAGUGCUGUUGUCUGUGUAGUACACUGUUUAAGGACUUAUGUAGAUGUGGUGUACAUAAAAAAAGAAUGGGGAGGAGCAUAGAAAUUUAGAGCUCUUUUUGUUGCUCUUUUAUCUUUUUAUUUUCCUUUUUCUUUUUUCAAGUUUUAUUUCUUUGUUGGGGAGGUCUCAGAGAGGGAUUUUAAUAAAUCAGGAGAAAUUUGAAAUAAAUGCCAGUGAUUGGUCUCUCAUUGUUGAGUA